AUGCGCACACACCUGUCGACCGACCUCAUCACAAAGAUCAAAGUGCGCGUGGUCGAGGUGAAAUGGCUGCGCGAGGUGGAGGGCGUGGUCCGUCAAGGAAGGUUCCACGCGUGGGUCGCGCGUGGUGACUUCCAGGACCCAUUGCACCUCUUCUUGCUGCGCGGGACGCCGCUGCGCGACCUGUCGGGGUUGAGAGGCAGCGACCUGCGAGACGCCUCGCGGGCGAAUGGCGUCUUCAUCGCCGAGGAGCGCCUGCGACUCCGCGGGCUGCUGCAGGCCUACGCCGAGACAGGCGCUAACCCUUUCGGGGACGCUGGCGCCUUCCUCCACGACUUUACUGACGGUGGUGAGGCGUCCAGGAGAGGGGACGGGGAGGCGCGCGAGGCGGCGAUCCUGCAGCUCCUCCUAGACGCGGGGAGUGCGGAGAACCCAAUCGGGGGACCGGACGGACUCUAG